AAACGUGGGCAAACCAAAGGUUAUUUUCAGUUUGGAGAUGUUUAUAUUUUUUUGAUAAGGUUAAAUGGCAAACCUCAGCCCACUGGUCUUCUGGUCGCAGACCAAGCAAACAUUAUUACUGAAAGUCGACCUAAAAGAUGCCAAGGGCGCUAUCGCGGACUUUUCGCCGGUUACAGUGAAUUUCAGUGCCAAUGGUUAUGGAGCUCGCGGGCUGAAUGCCUACAAGUUCGAGCUACACUUUUAUUCCCUAAUCGACGACGAGAAUGCUACCUUUGUGGUUACCGAUAACAAGAUCGAAUUGCAGAUUCGGAAACUGGAGCCAGAGUGGUGGCCCCGUCUAGUGGCCACUCCUCAAAAGCCACACUGGCUGAAGAUUGACUUCGAUCGAUGGCGCACCGAAGACGAUGUUGAAGUUGAGGAAGCACCCCGCGAUGUGCGACAGGACUACGAGAAGGAGUACGCCGAGCUCCAAAAGCGCGAGCUGGGUUACAUUAAGGAAAAAACCAAGAAGGUGUACAUGAUACUGUACAACCUAGCCAUGUUUGUGGGUUAUCUUUAUAUUAUGGUUGUAAUGGGUGUACUCUACUACCGCGAUGGCCACGACAGCAUUGGAAAAACCUACGCCAAUGUGGGCAAUGCUUUCAAAUUCAUUCAGCUGCUGCAAUAUCUGGAGGUUAUGCAUCCCAUAUUUGGCUACACCAAGGGAGGUGCAAUGGUACCCUUUUAGGUAUCUGGGCGCAACUUCAUCCUGUUCCUUAUGAUCGACAUGGAGCCACGCAUGCACACCAAGCCAGUAGUGUUCUACGUUUUCGUAAUUUGGUCUCUGGUUGAGUUAGUGCGAUAUCCAUUCUACCUGGCACAAUUGCUUGGCCGUGAAGUAGGUCUACUUACUUGGCUACGGUAUACUAUUUGGAUACCGCUCUAUCCCUUGGGCAUCAUGUGCGAGGGCAUCAUCGUACUACGCAAUAUUCCCUACAUCGAUGAGACGAAACGGUUUACCGUGGAAAUGCCCAACCCCUGGAACAUAACCUUCGAUAUGGUUCUAUUCUUGAAAUUAUACCUCAUGUUGCUAAUACUGCCGGGCAGCUACAUGGUUAUGUCGCACAUGGCCAAGCUGAGGUCCAAAAAACUUGGCAAGGGACGCGCCAAGCGCCUGCAACAUCUCCACGCAGACUAAUCAACUCACUGCCACGAGAAAGGUUCGUUCGACUCAUGGCAGUUCGAUUUCCUAUUUUCGUUUAGCAUAAGAAAAAAGUCCAAAGAAAUAUCUACAUUAACCGUACUCUAAAAAAUUGACGUUCAUUAAAAUUUUCUAUCAUAUUGCAA